CAGACUUACAACUUUUCUCUCUAAAGGCUUGACACUGCAGAUAAGACUGCUGGGGACACAGUGACUUGAGUCAGAUCCACUGUUCACCGCCUCUGAGCUAUGUAUGAUGAGGUAACAGUGCCACAGACAGUAGUGGGACCUGUAGGCUGAUCAACACGCAGAGGAGGCAGCUAAUGAUCCCGAAACCAGCCAAAACCGAGAGGAAACCCCCCUCCAGGCGGCGGGGCGACACGUGACCAGCCGUCACAGGGAGCAGCAGGCUGACAAUCAGUGACUUUGUAGAGACACCCGGGCUGAGCAGACGCUCCUCCGAAGGAAGAUGUCCCCGGCUCCUGCAGAUGAGUUGGGCUACAAGCCCCUGGACGGUGGUUGGGGCUGGGUUGUGGUGGUCGGGGCCCACAUCUCUAUCGGAUUUGCCUACUCCACGCCUAAAGUGCUCUCCAUUUUCUUCAAAGACAUUCAAGAGGACCUGGGGACUAGCUUCAGUGAAAUAGCAUUGAUCUCCUCUAUCAUGCUAGCUGCCAUGUAUGCAGGCGGACCGGUAAGCAGUGUGCUGGUAAAGCGCUAUGGAAGCCGGCCAAUAGUCAUGCUGGGCGGACUGUUUUGUGGGGUGUCCAUGGUAACUGCUUCCUUUGGGAACUCCAUCAUUUACCUCUACCUUUGCAUUGGCAUCAUUGGAGGGUUUGGACUCUCCUUAAACCUCAACGCCUCUCUCACCAUCAUCAGCAAAUACUUCCUGGUUAAGCGGCCUUUAGCCAACGGACUAGCCAUGGCCGGGAGUCCAGUGUUUCUAUGUUUCGUGGCCCCUCUCAACCAAUAUUUACUGGUCAAGUUUGGCUGGAGGGGAAGUCUCCUUAUUCUCGGGGGUCUGAUGCUCAAUUGUUGUGUUGCUGGGGCCUUGAUGAGACCUGUCGUUGCACCUUCUAAACCAUCUGCUUGUACACUGCCGAAGAAGGUGGAGGAACAGCCAAGUAGCUGCAACACAAAGCCAAAAUGGAGCUGGAUGAAGAACGCUAAGAAGUUCUUGGAUUUGUCCUUCUUCAGAGAUCGAGGCUUCGUCAUUUACCUCAUUGGGAGCGUGAUGUUCAUCUUCGGUGCAUAUGCGCCCAUCGUAUUCCUGCCAGCCUAUGCUAUUAGCCAAGGAGUAGAGGAGUAUUCUGCAGCCUAUCUGCUGUCUAUUAUGGGCUUUGUGGACAUGUUUGUUCGACCAGGCACAGGCCUGGUCGCAAACAGUAAGUGGAUCAGGCCCAGAAUCCAGUAUUUCUUCAGCUUUGCCGUGGUUUUCAACGGCACAUGCCACCUGCUUUGCCCGCUGAUGAAGAGCUAUGCCCUCUUGGUGGCCUACGCAGUAUUCUUUGGCGUGAGUUUUGGCAUGGUCUUCGCCCUGAUAUUUGAAUGUCUAAUGGACCUGAUGGGAAGUCAACGCUUCCCAAGUGCCGUUGGACUGGUCACCAUCAUCGAGUGCUUCCCCAUGCUACUGGGACCACCUGCUGCAGGGUUCCUGGUGGACAUCUCUCAUGAGUACAAGUACCUGUUCCUAAUGUGCGGGUCAGUGAUCACGACUGGCGGGGUCUUUCUCUUUAUCAUGAACGUCUACAACUACCACAUGCUGAAAAAAGAGAAGACCGCAAAGGACAGAGAGCAGAACCAUGGAGCCACAGAGGACCAGGUGGAGAUGAAACGCUUCCCUGAGGCAGAGAUGGAACCGACCGAGCCCGAAGCUGAAAAUGAAGCUCAGAGAGGUCCAUGUCCAGAGGAUGCAGAAAAACCAAAUUAAUGCAAUUACUAACUACAGCUUUGUCACAAGCCGUGUUUCCAUCCAGUGCAGCAGAUAUUUUUUUACAGAAUUUCUAAGAUUGAUGUGCCUUUCCAUCUACUAGCAUUAUACAAAUAUUAGCAGUUGGUACCUAAAGAUAAACAGCUGGUGGCGCCAGUCAGGUGACAUUAAAUCAUUGCAGAAGAAAAGGGCACGACGAGAUAAGGUACUUAAAAGAGCUCCUCGAACAGUGAACAAAUCUGUAUGUCAAGACAGCAUUUGUUGGUUUCAUAUAACAAUUUGAGGAGGCUUCAGUGAAGGUCGGCACCACUUCUCGUGUCUCCAGUCGUCUCCUCCGGCGCCAACAGAAAAAGCACAAUGGAUCUCCUUUAAGUGACAGGCUUCAUGUAGGCCCUGAAUUGUUCGUUGAGUCGGUUUUCAUUUCACGUUCAUGGUUUUGUUUACGCACAAAUCAAAGUGUGCUUAAAAUCAUUUGGUUAUCUGACUGUUAAGAUUCAAUAAGCAUUUCUAAUUCAGUGCAGUUUUGUCAAAUUCAUGAAAUAUCUCCUAGUAAGUCCACCAGCUGUCCAUUCUGUGGGUAUGCUGGGGGGGAGAUCUGGUCUUCAUACACUGAACUGGCUUCGUAAAUAGGAAACAAACUGACUCAGACCGAGCCACACAACAGCCAAUCAGAAACUGGGGAAGCUGUUGCACUGUGACCUCUACUGUUUUUUUUUAUUAUUUUUUUUUCAUGUUUUCGCUGGCUACAGAGUUUGAAACAUCAAAUAUCAACAGUGUCUCUGCAGAAUCCCUGACUCCAGCUUAAGUAAUUUAACAAGCAAACACAACUGAGAGCCUGCAGUCAUGCCAGCAGUUCUGCAAGGACUGAUGUAUGGUAGAGCACACCACACUUCUGAUGUGUAUCGACAGAAAUUAAGAGCGGAGUGAUUUUUUUCUCUCUCUUUUAUUUACAAUAUAUUUUUAAAUUAAACAAAGUUGCAUUAGUUGCAUCACAUCAUCGCAAUUGAUGUAUAGAUGUACUUCUGAGAGCUUGCUUUGUUAAUCACAAUCUCAAUCACACUGCCUGUCCACAAAUGACAGUCCGCAUAAUAAUAAUAAUAAUAAUGACAACAGUUCUCCAGGUUAGCAUCAUUAAAGGAAAAGGUUUCGCCAAACUUUUGUCUGUCGAAAAGUUUCUGCCGAGGAACGCGUAUCAAAACCGUUGAGCACUCGGGUUGAAGAUGAACGUGGCAUGUUGACAUUCUCAGAGAAUUUUAAACAUGCUGAUGGUCAGCAAAUGAUUACAAUGUGAACUAUCUCAGUGCUUUAUAUUUGCGUGCUUACAUUUGCUAAUUGUGGCUAAUGGUUAUGUCAUUAGUAUGUACCAGUUGAUCCUGCAGGGAACAUGUCUGUCUGUACCAGAGAUGAGAUAUUCCACUGAAAAACUGCACAGUGGUGCUAUUGAAGAAAAGUGAUCACCGGAGUCAGUAGGAUUCAUUGUCUGGUCUCCAUGAAGGGGAAGUUUGGUACAAAUUCCUCCAUUUAGCUUUUAAGAUCUUUAGGUUGAUGGGUGAAAACGUCUGAGGAUCAUCACAGUCAAUAGAGAUGUUAACCACAUUUGUGGCAAUCUUACCACUGUCUGUUUUGAUAUUUCACUUAAUUCUGGAAACAUCAAAUGGCAGCACUAGAGGAAAUGUCAGGGGAUCAUCAAAAUAAAUAGGCUUUAUCCUCUUCAGACCAUGAGUGUUGAAAGAAUGCAGAUACACGUCUUCAGACGAUGAAUCUUCCUAUCUGAGAGUGAAUGUCUUCCGUAAUUGUAACCAUUGUUCUCUCAAAUAGUCAUGAACAUACAGAUCUACUUCUUUGUUUGGUCAUUCCUAUUAGUUCAUUCCUCAGCAAUCUAAUCUUACUGUAAAAACAUGAAUUGUUCUUGUAGUGAUGUGAUAUUUUGCACUUGUAGUGUUUACAAUAUAAAAGUGACAAUAGGUUUCGUACAUGGAAUACUGUAGCUGCCAGCAGAGCCUCGGAAGUCUUACAAAUUUGUAAGGAAAGAAUUUAUCUCUUCUUUAGUUACUGUCUAUUUUUUUUUAAUAAGUACUAACACCUCUAAUGCACAUAGAGAUGUCGCAAGUAUGAUUUUAUAUGAUCGAUUUAUGAUUAUUGUCUAACCUCAUACAGCAAAUAACACUGUCUUUUGAAAAUUUUAUCCCUGUUUAAUUUUAACAUUCACACUGAAACACAUUACAAACUACGAUGUUGGGUCCACAGUGAUGCAGUCCUGUUGUGUUGACAUUUAACGCUGACAUUUGUUUUGGGUUUUUUUUAGGGAUGAGAAUGGAUUUGCAUGCACUGUUUGUUUUGAGACUGUGUGUUAGUGCAUGUGAGCAAGUGUGUUGAAAAAAAAAAAAAAGAGAAAACUGUGCAACAGUGUUUUAGAAAUGAUCCAAAAUAUAGUUAUUACAGGUGAAGGCAGCUUUUUGUGUUCUGUCUUAGACAGAAUAUAAUGGAAGUUGUAGUUUACUAGUUAAUGACAGCUGUGUUAGCAUCUUAUUAGCACAUGUGGUGUACAACUUGCCGUUGACACUUUGGAUAACACUAUUUUGUCAAUCGUAAUAAAAUUCCUCUGUAUUUUA